AUUUACCGACACUCAGAUAUAAACAAGCAGACAGUCGCGUUCCACGUAAACACUGUCUCACCAACACGUUGAAAUGAUCAAUUUGUCUUCAGGUGUGAGGAGAGGACUGGUGUGCGUGGCGAUGGUGGUUGUCUUGGUCGCAGCCUAUCCGGACUACAAUGGCGAGAAAGGGAGAGCUUUCCCUUGUCCAAACGAUGAUGACAUCGAUCCUUGUACGUGUACCUACGAUGGUACCACCUUCAGCCUCAACCUAACUUGCGAUGGGCUGACGGGCGAAGAUCAGCUUGAUCAAAUCUUCUCCUCUGCUUUCCCCGUCAAAGCGUUCACUAUGCUCACCCUCACAAACUCCAAUAUAUCUACUCUCACAGAAAAUGUGUUUCAUACCAUCAGUUUCGAGGUAAUAAUGUUGAUCAACAACCAGCUGGAGACAGUGGACUCCAAGGCACUGAGUUCCUCCUACAGUACCCUUCAGAGCUUCUUCCUCACCCAAAUAGGUGGCGAGACAUUAUCGUUGACUAUUAAUGAUGACCUUCAGCAGUUCAAGAUUCUAACUACUAUUUACAUUUCUGGCCCGUAUGAUAACGUACCCACCCUGACGUCCGCCACACUCACAACUGCCAUCCUUAAUGUGCACGAGUUGACGGACCUGCCACCGGAAACGUUCACCGCUGCUACAGCCCUCGAAACAAUCAUAAUGGAAGACACCAAAAUAGAGACAAUUCUAGAAGGCACCUUCUCGUCUCUCAAAUCACUGAAAAGCUUAACAUUAACCGGCGCCAACAUAAACACCCUGACAGCAUCUUCCAUGGCCUUCAGUUCUAACCUCACGCUUCUGGACCUUCAUCUGAACAACAUAAAUAGUAUCGAUAAAGCAGCAUUCCAAGGAAUAUCAGGAGACGUUAAUAUCAUGCUAAACAAAAAUAGUCUCGUAGAGUUGACGGAGCAACCUUUCUUAGAGCUGCUGAUGAACACAACAGGAAGCAUCGACGUGUCAGACAACCCACUUACGUGUGGCUGUGACCUCAGAUGGCUCGUCAGCAACAAAGAUCUUGAUUGGGCUCGACUAGUGGGACUUAACUCAGCUUGUGACAUUGAUGGGACUUACGACAAAGACACACUACUGGACUUCCUGGAGUACCAGUGUAGCACUCCAGCCUCGUCUUCCUGAUGCAGGCGUCAGCCAUCUUAUACGUGGGCAUAUUUGUAUAUUUGUAUCUGUUCGUCCCAUAUGGCUUUAAAAAUAAAGUAUGUUAAUAAAUAUCCAUUUCUAUA